GUCAUAGUUACGGUUAAGUGACACCGUCCAACUAUCGGGUCGGCAAAUCAUGUACGUACCGGGGAGGUAUUUUGGGUUACUUGUAACUAAGUGAGUUCGUUUCACGAAAGAGAAAUGUUGACUAUAUUAGCUGUCAAUGUUAUUUUGUCCAUCGGAGGUUCCUUGGUGAUCCUAAAUGUAGUUCCCAAGUUCAGGGACAUGUUUAUAAAAGCCCAUCUUUCUGGAGUGGAUUUGAAUAAGAAAAACAGGCCGGAAAUACCUGAGGCUGCAGGAGUCAUCAGUAGCUGCAUUUUUCUCAUUGUGAUGUUCAUAUUCAUUCCCUUCCCGUUCAGCAAACAUUUCUUCAACAAAGAAUGGGGAUUUCCUCAUCAAGAGUUUGUUCAGUUUAUUGCAGCAUUACUUUCAAUUUGCUGCAUGGUUCUCCUUGGAUUUGCUGAUGAUGUUCUGAAUUUGAAAUGGAGGCAUAAACUGUUGCUGCCAACUGUGGCUUCUCUGCCACUUCUGAUGGUCUAUUAUACUAAUUUCAACUCAACGACAAUAAUCAUACCAAAGCCCCUGAGAUUUUUGCUUGGGCAUGAUUUGGAUUUGAGUUUCCUGUACUAUGUUUAUAUGGGAAUGUUAGCUGUUUUUUGUACUAAUGCCAUAAACAUCUAUGCGGGAGUCAAUGGAUUGGAAGUUGGCCAGUCUGCUGUUAUUGCUGCUUCCCUUAUUCUGUUCAAUGUUAUUGAACUGAAUGGAAUUUGCUGGCACAACCAUUUAUUUUCCCUUUAUUUUAUGAUUCCUUUCUUUUUUACCAGCUUGUCAUUGUACCAGUUCAACAAAUAUCCAGCUCGUGUCUUUGUUGGUGACACCUUCUGCUAUUUCUCUGGAAUGACGGUGGCAGUAGUAGCUAUUCUUGGACACUUUAGCAAAACCGCUUUGUUGUUCUUUAUUCCUCAGAUUGGCAACUUUAUUUUCUCGUUACCUCAACUCUUUCACAUCUUGCCUUGCCCACGACAUCGCUUACCAAGGUUAAACCAAAAAACUGGCUAUUUAGAUCCUAGUGUUUUCCAGUUUAAAGAAAAAUCGUUGACCAGUUUGGGUUGUCUAGUCUUAAAAAUAUACCAGCUUUUAGGCUUAGUUAAAGUGGAGCAUGCAGAAAAAGAUGGGGAGAUGUCUCAAAGCACUAACUGCACGUUAAUAAACUUGGCUCUUAAGUUGACGGGGCCAAAACACGAAAAGACUUUAGCAGCCAAUCUGAUGGUCUUACAGGUUAUGUGCAGUGGGUUGGCUUUCAUUAUAAGGUACCCUUUGGCGAGCUUAUUUUAUGACUGCUAAGUGUUCCUGUUGGGCUAAAGAUUCUUUUCGGUACGUGUGUCAUUUCACAAAAACCUCAUAAAAGCGAAAAAUAAAUGAUAGCCAAUAAAACAUAA